AUGAACUCGCAAUACCGUACUUCGAUGCAACAGCAGCAGCGAGUCAAGAAGAAGGAGGAAGAUCCCGCCGAUUUUAUGCGACUGUCUGAAAAGGAGAUCGCGUCAUGUAUCAGCGAGAUGGGCAUCCCAUUCCAACCUUCCGACAUCCUGAGACCCAAUCCGCAGGUCAUUCAAAUGGUUUUCGAGCACCUCGGCGAACUGGUGAUGAACGCCACAAGAGACGCCCUCGAUCCUGCCCUGCGCGCUGCCGCCGAAGACGUUUGUUCCGAGUUUCCCGACCUAGUACCCGUGGAGACGAGGCUGCUUAUGGGCUUCUUCGUACAACUGCGAACCAUGCUCGAACAGUGCGGAAUCCAGGAUUUCUCGUUCAACGACCUCGUUCGGCCGACCCAUGAUCGACUCGUCAAGAUUCUCUCGUACACCAUCAACUUUAUUCGAUUCCGCGAAACUCACACCAGCGUGAUAGACGAAAAUUUCAACAAGGCAGAAACCACAAAGGCCAGGAUCGAGACGUUGUACACUGAGAAUCAGAACAUGGAGCAGAGGCUGGAAGAGAUGAAGCGCAAUAGAAAGGCAAUGGAGGUCGCCGUCAAAGAGAAAAUGCGACGGAACGACGAAUUAAAAGCACGGUUGUUGGAGCUUCGAAAAGGCCAGGAAAGAGUGGCAGAACAGCUGGAGCGCGCCAAAGCCGAGAAAUCACGCUCCCAAUCAAUGUUGGAGGAGAAGACCGAAAGACUGGUACGAGCGAGACAAGAGAGUGAGAAGUUGAGGCCAUACGUGUUGCAAAGCCCGGCUGCCUUGCAGAGCACCCUGACUGAGCUAUCGGACAACCUCGUACGCGAGAAGGCCCAGAUCGAUGCGUUAGAGCGGAGAUGCCGCGCCCUCCAGACAUCAGGUGACAGUUUCAACGUUGUUCAAAACGAUGUACAGGCGUGUGUCAAAGUCCUGGAGGAGAUUGCAGUGGAGCUCCAGAAAGAGGAGGAAGAAGACGCACGAGCGGCAAAGAAUCGCGAUGCUCUUGCAGAGCGUGGAAACAACGUUCGCGAAGUGGAACAGAAUGAGAAACUGCUCCAGCGGCAGCUGAAGAAGUGGGAAGAACGCAUCGAGGAGCUACGUCGGAAGCACAAGGAUCGAGAUGAAACCAAUAAGAUCAAAAUGGACGAGCUGAGAGAGGUUCAGAAGCAGCUUCGAGAUGAGAGGGCUGAGAAGGGCCGGGAGAUGGAGAGAAGGAAAGUUCGGAUCGAGCAGACCGAGAAGAAGAUGGCUGAUCUCAAGGAGAACAUCGAACAGGAGGUACACUCCGCGCACGAGGAGUAUCUCAAACUUGAGUCCCACAUCAAGUUGUAUAUUACGGAAAUGGAGCAAAGUAUGUGA